UGCCAAUGAGCGGAUCUCAUCAUAGCUGAAAAUUCAGGAACAUGUGCAAAGAAGCCACCCAAAUGGACAAGAAAUUUGAAUAUUCUCUCUCCUGGCUUUUUCCUUAAGAAUGAGAAGACUGCAGGUAUGAACCUGUCAAAUGUCAUGUGAUCCCCCUGGCCAGUGAGAGCCCCGCAGAGGGAAUGGCAACAGCCUGCUGGGAACUAUGUGGACUGCCAGCUGCCGAUCUCGCUGUUGACAGUAAAAGCAGAUAUGUUCCUUGCUCACUGCCAUUAGUACUGACCAUGACCCUUCACACCAAAACCUCUGGAGUUACCCUGCUGCACCAGAUUCAAGGCACUGAACUGGAGACACUGAGCAGACCUCAGCUGAAGAUUCCCCUGGAAAGAUCGCUCAGCGACAUGUACGUGGAGACCAACAAGACAGGAGUUUUUAACUACCCAGAAGGAGCCACCUAUGAUUUUGGUACUACGGCUCCCGUCUACAGCUCUACCACGCUCAGUUAUGCCCCUACAUCUGAAUCUUUUGGGUCCAGCAGUCUGGCAGGAUUUCACUCCCUGAACAGUGUCCCGCCAAGCCCGGUGGUGUUCUUGCAAACGGCACCCCAGCUGUCGCCCUUCAUCCAUCAUCACAGCCAACAGGUACCCUAUUACCUUGAAAACGAUCAGGGCAGCUUCGGGAUGAGGGAAGCUGCUCCUCCAGCCUUCUACAGGCCGAGCUCCGACAACAGGCGGCACAGCAUCCGGGAGAGGAUGUCCAGCAGCAGCGAGAAGGGGAGCCUGGCCAUGGAGUCCACCAAGGAGACGCGGUACUGCGCCGUCUGCAACGACUACGCCUCGGGCUACCACUACGGGGUCUGGUCCUGCGAGGGCUGCAAGGCCUUCUUCAAAAGGAGCAUUCAAGGGCACAAUGACUACAUGUGUCCUGCCACUAACCAGUGCACCAUUGACAAGAACAGAAGGAAGAGUUGCCAGGCCUGCCGACUGAGAAAAUGCUACGAAGUGGGGAUGAUGAAAGGUGGAAUCCGGAAAGACCGCAGAGGUGGGCGAGUGAUGAAACAAAAACGCCAAAGAGAGGAGCAGGAUUCCAGGAAUGGGGAGGCUUCUUCAACAGAGCUGCGAGCUCCCACCCUUUGGACAAGUCCACUGGUGGUUAAACAUAACAAGAAGAACAGCCCAGCCCUGUCCCUGACGGCAGAACAGAUGGUCAGUGCCUUGCUGGAAGCUGAGCCCCCCCUGGUUUAUUCUGAAUAUGACCCAAACAGACCAUUCAAUGAAGCCUCUAUGAUGACCCUGUUGACCAACCUUGCAGACAGAGAAUUGGUGCACAUGAUCAACUGGGCAAAGAGAGUUCCAGGAUUUGUGGAUUUAACACUCCAUGAUCAGGUCCAUCUACUGGAAUGUGCCUGGUUAGAGAUACUGAUGAUCGGCUUAGUCUGGCGCUCCAUGGAACACCCAGGAAAGCUUUUGUUUGCACCUAACCUGUUACUGGACAGGAAUCAAGGGAAAUGUGUAGAGGGCAUGGUGGAAAUUUUUGACAUGCUGCUGGCUACUGCUGCUCGGUUUCGCAUGAUGAACCUUCAGGGGGAGGAAUUCGUGUGCCUUAAGUCCAUCAUCCUGCUCAAUUCUGGUGUGUACACUUUUCUUUCCAGCACCUUGAAAUCUCUGGAAGAGAAAGACUAUAUUCACCGUGUCCUGGACAAAAUCACAGAUACUCUGAUCCACUUAAUGGCUAAGUCAGGUCUUUCUCUGCAGCAGCAACACAGACGACUGGCUCAGCUCCUCCUCAUCCUCUCUCACAUCAGACACAUGAGCAACAAAGGAAUGGAGCACCUGUACAACAUGAAGUGUAAGAACGUGGUUCCGCUCUACGAUCUCUUGCUGGAGAUGCUGGACGCUCACCGGCUGCAUGCGCCAGCAGCCAGGAGUGCUGCGCCUGUGGAGGAGGAGAACAGAGGCCAGCUGACAACUGCAUCAGCCUCAUCUCAUUCCUUGCAGUCUUUCUAUGUUAGCAGCAAAGAAGAGGAAUAUGCAGAAUACAAUAUAAAUGGGAGUCAGCAUAUACAGUGGUAUGGGAAACCAGCAGUGUUCUACCUAGCUCAUGCUUCAUUUCAUCUACAGUGCCACCUUUGAAAACACUCCAGUGACAACAGACACCAGCAUUUUCCAUAUGAGUGUUUGUCAAGCGCUUGCCUAAAUUGAUUGCUUAUGCUAAAUGGAAGACAUUUCAUUACCAUGGAUAGCCAGGAAGGAUUGUCUGGCUAACUUGAUUUAAAAUUUGCAGUGUUUUAAUUUAAUUUUGCAUCUUAUUUGGGUAACUAAGUCCUCAUCUGAAGCAUACAUUCAUUUUGCUAUAAAUUGAUAGGCCAUACCACCUAUGCAUAUUGGUAUCUUCAUGAGUGGUGGUCUUUGUUAAUAUCCAUCCAAAAUCCUGAGCUCACUUAGUCCUUUACUUGCUUGAAACUUUGAAGCAAUUUGGUAGAGAUUGUGGAUGACUUUUUGGGCAGUGUAAAGAGAAAGUUACCUGGCAUCUGUGUGCCAUAGGGAAGCUGCACUGUGAGAGACUGCCUUCGUGAGUGAGAUUCCUGCCUCUUCUCUUCCUACAGUAUAAAGGAACUGCUGUCUGAGAAUUAUAGUAUUUUACCUCGCUGGCUUACAUCACCAGACAACUCCCUUUCAACCUCAUUCUGACCAAACUCUUAGGUACCCUUACCAUAUCCUCCAGAUGAAUUGCUUUGCAUGCAUGCUAUUUUGUCUGAUCCUAGAAAGCUAAAUAAUUUUGUUGCCCAAGAGUGUAAAUCCAGGACAACAUGGCAAACAGUGAUAACAUAGAGAAUUACUCUUGAAUCAGACCAGAUGAUUACAAAAAUCAUGAGGUCUUUUAAAAAGGUCUUCACACACAUGCAGGAUCCAGCACUAUUUACAAAAAAUCCCUCCCCUAUCCUGUGCUUUGUUGUGCUACAAAGCAAGGGGUGAGGAUGCUAGUGUGAGACUGGCACGGAAGGAUGGGAUGAUCCCUUCCCACUCUAGCAGAGUGUGGUGUAACUGUGUGUGGGAGGGCUAGCAUUGCAGUCAGAGCAGCAGGUUUUUCUUUGCCUUGGCAUUCUUUGGCUCUUGUUGUGGCAUGCUUCAAAAUCACUGCUAAGUGCCAGCUCACCUGUGACACCAACACUAGGCAAUGAGCCUCGCACAUGGUGCAGACUUUGGGACUGCAUGUUCAGAAAGAUGAAUCUUUCUCCAUGCAUAUCUGUAGCUCCUAAGGAUAUUCAUAAGGAUCAGUUUGAUUCUUCAGACCAACUGUAAAUAUACAAAAGGUCCACUGACAUCAAGAGUUUCAACAAGACGUGAAAGAGACUGAAGAACUCCACAUGAUAUGCUAUCCAAAGUAGGAGUUGGUGCUGCUGUUUGACUGACUCUGUGCUAGAAAACUAAAUGUCAGGGAACUUUGCUGGGUACUGGAAUGAGAUUAUUACAUAUGCCAGGGUUAUUUUACUAAUGUAAAUGAUAAACUUUGCCUGUGCUAUCUGCACUUCUGACUUACAGGUGCAGAUUGGGAGUUAGCACGGACCAGGGACUAUUCCAACAGCUGGUUGGAAGAAACUGCCCUACCAGUGAGGCUGUUUUCCUAGCAUAUGUGUAGGCUGCUCCAUAGCAGCUGGCAACAGUGCUAGUGAAAUGGUUCAGGGAUGCUUUUGCUAUAGUUGAAACCUUUAUGUUGAUUGGAAUAUCCCGUAGAAACUCAAUAUAGGAAACAGUGCAAGUUAUGCCAUACAGGAGUGCCUAUGUCUAAUCACACUCCCUGUCACACAGGCAGAGUCUGUGUGCGGUGAGAUCAAGUUUCACAGCAGUUGUGAAGGCAGCAAGGCAUAGGACAGGUCUGUGCUUCAAUUAAGCAUUCAAUUCUUUAGUGAAUGUACAUAAUGGUGUCUAUAAUAGUUUAAUGUACAUAUCUGAGGAUAUGAGCAGUUUGAAAGCCUAAAGCUACAUGCUACCAAUGUUUGAGAAGAUUCCUUGAAAAAUGCCAGCCUAAACAUGUGAAGCGAUCCCCGUAAGUUCAUAGGCCUUUUCUUGAUGCAUAUGAUGGUGUCAUUUUUUUCUGAAUGUGCUGCAGAUUUUGUCUUUUUGUGUGUUCAGUAAAAGCAUGCGUGUGUGUGUACGUGUGUGUGUGUGUGAGCGCUUAUUUGGUACCUAAGGGCUUUUUGAAGGCUCCUAAAUGUCAUGAAAGAAAAUGGAAAUUUUGAGUUUUUUUAGUGGCUGGUUUUCAUAUGUGUUAGAAAAACCAUGAGUUUACUGAAAUGAGUGCAGGCUAAGAUCUGAAUGGAGCACAGGAAUCCCUGUAGUUAAAUUCAUGUGCUUACACCGUCAUCAUUUACUUGUAACUUAGUGUGCAUUAGAGCUGCUCUUUAAAUACUGUCUGUACAUGCAACUUGUUGUCUAGGCUAGAACACACAGAUCAGGCUCAUAAGCUGGAAAACAAAUUGGUUUAAAUGAAUGCCUCCCUUCCUACAUCCCAGAAUGAGUAAUUACAUUGAUUCAAGUGUAAAUUUGACCUGGAGCAUAAAAGGUAUUACACAGAGAGCAAUUCACAACAGAGGGUCAGAUUUGGAUGAUACCAUAGAGGGAAAGUACCUUUACUCUCAUGAGAUUUUCCUAGUGAAGAUGGAAAAGCAUGAUUUGAAGUGGUAUGCAGCAGUCAGAAGGGUAUCAUAAUGUGUCUUGGAAUAUAUAGAAUAAUAUCAGUCAGCUCACAAUAACUAUUAAUUCUUUCCUGGGAUCAGGCCUUACAAGGAAGCAAUUUAGCUUUCAUCCAGUCCUCUCAUGUUUGUGGUAGCAACACUGAAGGACAACCUAGAAAGAGUGAUUCCCAGUAAUACAUUAAUUUACCUUGGGGCAGAUUUAGGAUCCAUGUCAUUAACUUUUUAUUGAAGCAGCACCUUAAUGAAUAUAGUAACAUUCCCAGAGUUAUCUAUAAAGAUGGCCCCCAUAUCAGACAGAUGAAUGUAGCUAUUUAAUUGAUUAAAUAAAGUCAAUGAUACAAAAAUCACUUUUUCAUAUGUAUUUCUGAAUGAUGCUCUCAUGUAUGCAAACAAUUGUGCCUGACAUUUGGUAAUUGCUAUUUCACACGAUGCUAUUUUAUGUGUGUGUAUAUAUAUAUACAUAUAUACUUUAUAUUUGCAGCUGACAAACCAGUACUACCUGAAUAUCUGGUGCUGGAUAUUACAUAAAAAUAUAUAGCAUGUAAAAAGAAAGAAAACUUUUCAAGGCAGCUAAUUAUGCUUUUACCAAAACAUUCAUAGUGAUGUCUCUGGACAGCUAACAAAAUAAUUAUUUUGUAAUGUUUAUACAUGGAUUUUUUUAAAAAAACAAAAACAUCAAAAAACAAACCCUCUAGAAACAUAGGCAAUGUAAUACCAGCACAAGGCAAACAUAAAUAGACCAGACGAAUUUGCUGUGCUUGAGAACAUGGUUGUUACUGAAGUAUUGCAAAAAGCUUGGGAGGUAGAAGAGGAGAUAGGGAGAUGUGUAGCACUUAGUGGCAUCAGAAUAUGUGGUGUUUGAAUAUGUGAAAGCUACUCUGGUUUAUAGUGGUUUGAGCCAUGUCUCAAUGUUGCAGACUUUGUCUCAGGUAAAACUCCCAGUUGGGGUAGUAAGAUUUGUACUCGGGUAACAUAGUUUAAUGAAAGUUUUUUGGUGUGUGUUGUGAUAAAUUUACUAUUAUGUUUCAGUGACAUCACUUGAUGAUUUUUCUUCUUCUCUACAAUGAGGGGUUUAAAAGUGUAAUUAAAGAAAUAAUCCAAACUGAGCUCCCAAGGAUAUUGCAAGGACUGUCAGCAGAUCCCUGGACCAUGAGUUGAAAAAAAGCAAGCAAAAAAACCCAAACCAUCCCCUUCAUAUGAAUCAGGAUUUGUACUGGAGCCUCCAUCCAUUUCAGUUGAUAGCAACUAAUUCCUUAAGAUCUGUGCCAAAUGUUUAAAAAUAAGCAAACUACCAACAAAAUAAAAAAUCUGCCUCAGUAGGUCUUUAGUCUUAUUGCAGGCUUUGUGAGAACAUGGCAAGCCCCUCUGUGUAUAUAAUUUCCUGCUUUAAAAUUAGAGUGCAAACUUAACAUACACAUAAUGGGUUUUGUAUAUAAGGCAUUCUCAGCUGAAUUUGUGUGAAGUGCAUUUCUUACUUUGAAUAAAGACACUGAUGUUUUCAAUGCUCUCUACAACCGUGAUAUGGCUGUACAGAUAUUGAGUCAACACAUGUAAUAGAAGGGUGAUGUUAACAAUGGUAUCCUAAUACAAACCAAUCUUUGCUGUCACCUGCAAGUGUAGCAUAAUCUCAAAUUGAUCUCAGAGUUUAAAAUUAAUGUUUUCCCAAUAUUAAUAUCCUACUCUUUCUACUCACAGUUCCCUUUCAUCCUUCAAAUGUAGGUAGCCUUAUAUCCUGAAGGUUGUUUUCAAAGUGAUUGUUACCCAUAAAGGGUACUUGGUUUUGCACUGUGUUAGAGACAUAUUACAUUCUUUUGCAUUCAAAUGUGCCUAAAGAAAAUAAAUAAACAAAAAUUUAGAAAAAUAUAUAUGCUGCCAUCUUGCAAAUUAGAAAAUUCUGCAAUCCUGUGUGCCUAUGAUUAGAAGUCUGUUUCUUCAGAAAGUGCCCAUUGAAAAAGGAAGGGAUAGACUGCUGGUCACGAGACUUGCAUUACCAAGCCACUUUAUGUAUUACCUUAUUGUAUGUACUAUGAAACCAAUGCUUUUGUGUGCACUAUGUAGUCUGUCAAUGCAAAGUCCUUUCUUUGGUAUAGGCUCAGCUGUCGUAAUGUAUUUGUCAAAGUAUUCUGUUCUUUCACUGAUGCAUAUGAAAUUUUUGACAACUUUGGUUUUGGUGAGGUAUAUUUUUCUUUGUUUUGCGCCUAAAAAAGUUCUAAAAAAGUCUAAAUAAAAAAUAUGGUAGGCUACCUGAUUGGUGCAAGAUUUUUAUCAAUGUAUUUGAUGUUGAAAAUAAAGAAUUAAUCAGAAUAUAUUGUUCAAUUUUGUUAUAUUUUGCGUGUUUAAAAAAUAUGCUUCUCUGCUUAUUGUUUUCCAGUGGGCAGCAAAAUGGUAUACUGUUUUUGAAAGAAUUAGAAUGUGUCUGUUUCUGUGCAUCUAAAUGAAAGUUAAAACUGUUUCUUAGUUUCCUUUCUUUCCCUGUAAAGAAUCAGAGACUCCAUAUCUAGAGUCAAAACCAAGCUAAGCGUAGUCUCUAGUAAUCCUAAUGACACCAAGAAAGUUAGCUAAGUACCUAUUACUUUAUGUGCUUUAAUGUUCUUAGUAUUUUGGUUACAUUCCUUAUUUUGGCUUGUGAAAUAGAUUAUGGCAGAAGAGAAAAAUUGUGUGAGUUUAGCCUUCUCUAGCUGGCUGCCACUUCCCAUGAGCUAGCUUACAUCAAGGGAAAUAGUACUCCUUUCCCAAGUGAAACAAAUCCUCAGGAAAAAAAAAUUUCUUGACUAAGGCAGUGGGAAGGGAUGAAGUGAAAUGAAAGAUUCUUUUAUUGACAUAAGACCACUUUGAACUCAACUCUAUUCUGUAAAACAAUCUAAAAAUUAUAUUUGGUGUUUGCAAAGAAUCAAACCAAUAAUCUAUAGCAUUUGCAUACAUACUGACAUAUUUCAAUAAUUGCAGUAUAUAUAUUUAUCAGUAACAUGGAGAGAAUAUGGUCCCUAUAUUGAUUAUUUUUAAUCUAUUUUCUGUGCUGUGCUGGUUCAACAUAGGACUAUUGGCUCAUAGGUUCUUUUCUUAUAUGAAUAUAUAUGUAAAAGCUCUUUGGUUUUAUGCGAUGUUUCAUUGUACUUAACUUAAAAGGAAAAAAUUAUAAGAUGGUUACCUUGAUUCCAAGUAUCAUCUCCAUGGAAGACAAGACAGGCAAUAUACUUAGUUCAUGCAAAACUUCACCUAAUUUGCUUGUUAAAGCAAAUAACCUAUUCAGACUCUUAAAAGAAUGCUGGGGACUGUUGGGAUUUUUAAGUGCUGAGUAGAACUGAAAAUGGUUCCAAAUAAUGUCAUUGUUUUGCAAUACACUUCCAUAACAAAGAACUUGACUCCAAGUUGCCUCUUUGGCCACAAAGGGCACAUCAGAGUAAUAGGAACUAAUUGCACAUGUACAUGUGCUCAUAAUAAAGUAAUUUUCAAUGCUGAUUCAAAAUAACACCAUCUCAUUUUAACCACAGGACCAAACAAGCACUUGCAGUUCAUGGUGAAAUGGCUUAAGAAGACAGUUGCUAUAUAAUACUAAACUUAGAGACUUAACCUAAAAAAAGUAGCUAGAUCAGAGAAUAUUACUGCAAAAUCAAAAAUAUGGCACUCCUAAAUGAAGAAGUGCACAGAUAAAGUUUGAACAUACUUACCUCUGCAAAAAUGGUAACAAUUUGAAUGGGCAAAAGAUUGCACACUGCCUGGGAUUACACACUGAGGUUAGGCAUUCUUUUGCCCAUCUCUUUCUGCAGCAUGACACGACAAUACAGCAUCACAGUGCAGUGAGCUAGGAAUGUGUCAGUGGAGACUGUCUAGUCCAAUUCCUGGCUCAGAGCUGGAUCACCUAAAGCAGAUUUCUCAGGGCCAUGCCCAGCUGAAUGUUGAAUAGCCACAAAAGGAGAUUCUUCUACCUCUUUGGGCACCCUUUUCCAGUGUUUGACGAUCUUCAUGUUAUAAAAUACUUUGCCUGUGCUCAGAUGGAAUUUCAUGUAAUUUAAUUUGCAUCCAAUGCCUUCUGCCCUGCCAAUUGGAACAACUGGAAAAAGUCAGUCUCACUCACUUUCAUUCCCUCCCAUGAUGUGUCUUCUGUGAUGGGAGAAGGUGGAUGAGAUGUCACCUUGCUCAGACACCCAGAACUCACCAGGACUAAUGCCUCUGCAGCCAGGCAGGGCACAUUUCAAUAGUCAGGAGCCAUCUGAGACUCCAGCUUCAUUCCCAAUUUUUUGCAUCUGUUGGGUGAAGAAAUUUGAAAAAUUUUACAGGAAGGACAUUCCUUUCUAUUUCACUGCAAAGCUUUUACAACUAAAACUCCUGAGUCCAUCAUCCUUGCUUCCCUCACGGCACACUCAACACCUUACAGGGCAGCUUCCCCAGGGGAUCCUGGACAAGUUGGCAUCCCCCACACCCCUUCUUUCUCUUUUAGCUGACAUGUAAGUGACAUCUGUCUUGUUCUAGCAUAUUUCAUUCUAUUUAACUAAUUAGAAAGGUAAGACAUAAUUAAGGCAUAAUCAAAGAAAAUAUUUGAUUUGACUGCUUUUCUUUCCUGUUAAUUCAGGCAAUCCUCAUAAUGCAAUGAUAACAGCUUCUUCAUGGGCUAAAGCCUCGGUGUGCUCAGUCAGUGGGACACCCUCCCUCAUUAAGAGCCUUUUGGCCACGCUUACUCCCCAAAAUUAAAAGAUAGAUUUAAUUUUUUUUUCCUAUCCAGAAACUGCAACAUUAAAAGCCCCAUGAAACAGCUGUUACUUAGGCUGGAAACGCUUUACAUUGCCUUCCUCUGCAUUACACUGCUUGUCUCCACCACCUACACAGUGAAGAGGAGAGGAAAAUCCAAACAUAUAAAAUAGCACUCAUCAGAGUGCUCACAUAGAAAGAAUGCCCAAGGAAGGUCACUGCCUACGUGUUUUUUCUUAUCCCCAGCCAGGCUCCAAUUACUACCAUUCACCACGGCAUCCUGCAGACACAAAGGCUCAAGUGUAAAAAUGGUCAUGAAGUCUUCAGGAAAAUUGACCAUCAAAAUAAUAACAUUUGGCACUUAGCUCAGCAGGAACAAGGCUAACUAGCCUUCAUGUCCCUUUAAGAACUUUGUGCUGCAGUAUUUAGGUGUCAUUCUGCUAAUGUCUUCAUUUCUGCUGGCAUACAGGUGAUAUGAAAUUUAUCUCCUGCUGUCUUCCAUUCCUACACAUUUGUGAAUAACUUCAGAAUGCUGCCAUUUUAACCAGAUGAAAAAUGUGCAUAUGAGGGAAGGAUGUGUUUUCAGGCAUUUUUUUAGCCAGAUUUUGCAAUGCUUUUGGGACGAAGGUAUUUAGCUUCUCUACAGAAAAAGAUUGAAUGCUACUGUCUAAAACAAAAAAGAAUGUGACAAGAAGCAAAUCUUUAUAUUUUUCACUCACCUCUUCAAAACCUGUGUCAUCUAUGGAAAGAUGAACGAGUAUGUUAUACUCUAGAGAAGAGCAAAAAGUGCUGUCCAUUUUGUGGUAAGAGAGCACAUAAAAGCUUGAAAGUUUAGCCAUUCAUAGGAAAGCAGGAAAGACUGAAUUCCAGUCUGUCCUUAUAGGAUUAAUUUUUGCUUACAUUAAAUCUGAAAAUAGGAAAAGAAACGAUGGCUCAAAAAUAUCUUGUUUGUAUGUAUGUAUGUAUGUAUGUAUGUAUGUAUGUAUGUAUGUAUGUAUAUAUGUAUGUAUGUAUGUAUGUAUCUAUCUAUCUAUCUAUAUCUAUUUAUCUAUCUAAUCUAUCUAUCAUCUAUGUAUCUGUCUCAACCAAAAUCCUGCAGCAUCAUGCUUUCUUCCAGUACUUUUUUCUCCCCUUGCCCCCAUAAUCUUCGUAUCUGCCAGCACCAUGCUUCAAGUUUAGCGAAAGACUCAAAAUCGCAACCAUGGUUUAACCUGCAGCUCUAUGGCCAGGAGAGCUUCCCAGACAAUUUCUGAAUUGUUUAUAAAAAAAACCAACUAAAGCCAUGAAUGUUCCACUUGGAUAGCCUUGCGAACACUUAUAUAAAAAAGUGGACUCUGGUAGGUUUAAUUCCAGCUGUUUUUUAAAACAUCCUUUCUAAAAACAAAGGAAUGGAAAACCCCACAAUUUCAACAUCCAUAACAGCAGUCUCCCAGGAAUUACAACAUGCCAGAAAACAAAAAUUUGCCUGAUUUGAGUAACCUGUGUGAAAGCUAGAUCCACAUCUGCAUGAUCCCUGACCAGAAGAGCUCUCUGGUGCACCUCUCCCUCCUCACCAAGGACACUUUUGAUACAAGCAAUGGACAAUACUUUCCUAAAGCAUCCUGUCUUUCAAAAAGUUAAAUGUGCUAGUGUAAUUCAGACAUCACUGUGGUCAAAUCCAUUUGCUGUGUUUCAGAUCUUUAAAUAGAUUCUUACUUGAACAAAGCAGUUUUGGCCAAUUUAUUUCUGGAAUGAUAUAUUAGCUGGCACCAAACAAUAAAUGCUACAGCUUUCAGUUCCUAUCUGCUUUUAGAGCUACCAUCUAACAAAAUUCAAAUUUCUGUCACUUAACCAGGCUGUAGUCUAUGACAAAUCUUCAGUGCUUCAGCUAGCAGUUAUUAAUUUCCUUAUAUCUUGUUUCACAGGUCUUUAUCUACUCCUUUCUGGGAAGACAAAUGAAUUCUCUAAAUAAUUCCUAUUUAUUUAUUUAUUUGGGUAUAUUAUUAAAACAUUCUAAUGUUCUUAACAUUAUGACCACAGCACUACUUCUUCCAAAUACAGGUUUCAUGCCUAUGUCCCUCUGGGUCUAAUUACAGCCAAACAGGGCAACAACAACAGAAUUCAGCUGGCUAAAGUGCAUUUCACAACAUGCUGCCAACGUUAAAACCACUCAGCCAGUGCCCAGACAAGUUCCCUUAUGGAGGGAACUCUAUGCCUAUAAAACACACACAUCACUCAAAAGAUCCCUCCCUGCACUCUCCUUUCCCCCUCAAUUUACACAAAUACGGCUUUGGAUGAAUUCUGUAUUUGACUGCUGCCAAACCAUCCAGCUUAAAUCAAAACUCACUAUCCUGCCUUUUUCCUUUCCAUAACCUUUUGCUUUAAACACCAAAUAAAAUAUGGUAAGUGCCAGAAAGAGAGCAGAUCAGGGGUUUCUAUUGCUUUAGAAUCUUUAUUUCUUCUCCUUGACUUGUUCUUAUUUCUCAGAAUCCUCCUACAGUUGCUACGUCCUGAUAGUAUCUGUAGUUUGAAGGCUGUGAGCAACCAGUGUCGGUUAUGCCUUUGAACACACAGACACACAUCCACUCAGAUGCACAUGAUGAUGAUGAGCAUGUUGAGAGAUGCUAUCAGUUGUAAACAGAUCUCUCAACCACAAAUAACACAAGACUGAGGGCCAGGGAUGACGGAUCAUAAGCAAGCCCGGUAUCUUUGUUCUCGUUCAAUAGCCAGAUGCAGAAAAACACUCUAAGGACAGAGAGAGCGAUACUGCUCACAAGGUGUUCACAAAGCUGGAAAGGUGGCAAACCAGUGGUGAGGAACUAUUGAUCUGCUGCAGAAAGAAGCUGUUAUCACUGCUGGAGCAGGGUGGGGAAUAGGUAAUGUGUAUCAUCAUGCUCACAGCUAUGAGGAAUGAGGGCACACUACUUCUGUCAAGUUGAGAUCAUUUGUACUCCUAACAUUGUCAGAUGUCUCUAAAUAUCACUCUGCCUUCAGAUUUUGCAAAGCAUGGUCCACAAAUGAAGCUCCACAAAGAGAUGCAGAGUGUCCAGGGUAAAUCGUGCUCAUUAUUUUUCGCUAUUAUCAAUACAAGCAUAAUGACACAGUGCCUUGAUACUACAGUCUGAAGUCACUGAGCAACCUUUUAAUACUCACUAGCUCUGAGGUGACUAAAAGCCAAUAAGCAAGGUUCUGAGUUGCCAGGUAUGUCUAGCUGGGGGGAUGAUUAAACCACUACAGAAGUGACUGCAUUUAUCUACAGUAGAAAAGGGGAAAAAAAUACAACAUAGUUAUGACCUGAGCUCCCCAAGAGGCAGUCUACUUUCUCUGUGCAUGAACACACAAUGUCAAUACAGAUCCAGAGUUCAGCAGCUCCUCCCUUUCCUCAUGCCUUGCAGGAGAGGCUGGAGGUGCAUCAUCAGAAAUCAGCCCUUGUGUUUAUAGAGCCCAAGUAGGUGACGCUUCAGAAAGAGGAGAGGUGUUGGGUUGCAGGCUUAUCACAGAGACAGGGCAUCUCGGAUUCUAACUUGUGCACCAUACUUAGAGAGUUUUAGCAUCCUAUUAUCAGGAUGAGAAGGAUGCCCAGGCUGCCAAGCUGGCUAGUGCCACUGGCUGCAACGCUUGAUACCUUUCUGCGUGUGUUUUUUUCCCCUACAGCUGCCCUCUUUAACCUCGUCCAUGCUGUGGUGAUAAAUGCAUAUACUGGUAUCUCGUGGGGAUUUGAAACUCAAGGUAGACUUCUGAGUCACUGGUGCACUUGGGAUGGAACUUGAGGAGAGCCUGGCCACUUAUUUAAAUUUUGCCUUCUUUGUGUUAGUUUUUAGGGUCAAGAUCCAAUUCUGCAAAAUCACAUGUGCUCUUCCUUGUAGCCCAAAUGUGUGUUCCUUAUCUAUGUCUACUGAGUGAUUAUGAAUAUUAAUCUAGACUAGCAUUACUUCUGAAUAGCAAUGAAGGAAACUCAGCCUUGAAAAGAACACAUACUUGUGUCAGUCCAGACUUGUGUCUUGGACAUUGAAAAUAUUUCGUAAGCAUACAUAAACCUUUACACAAAAAUGUUAAUGUUACACUUAUGUGGAAAGGAAGCAUUAUUUGGCUUGUCCAAAUGCUGGAAUUCAGCUUGUGGUUCCCUACCUCUGACCACCUACUCAUUACAGCUCAAAGGAUGACAUGCCAAAAAGUAAUUUUACAUAACAGCAAUUAAUGUGCUUGUAAUUUUUUUCUGGCCUUGUAAUUUCUGUCAUGCAAGCCAAUAUAUUCUAAGCAGGACCACUUACUCAGAAGAAAAAUUCACAUUGUGUGUGUCAUGGCUCCAAAUUCCCCCAACUUAUUAAAGAGCAGUAGUGUAGAGUCAUGCUCUGUAUUUUUUUUUUCAUAAUUGAGAAGAAUCCUGCUCUUUCAAAGUCGAGUUCUGACUGAUAAGCUGGGCAGAGUGCCAUUGAGUAGACUGCAAGUUUUUGCAAUAGUUCUGGAAAGGUAAUGAGUUUUCAAUUUGUUCUCUUAUUCUUCUAUUUACAUUUAUGUUUUGGGCCUAUUCCACUAAAAUAAUGAUGGUUAAAAUGAAAAAAUCUAUCUUGGUAUUGAGCUGCUAUGGAGAAUAUAAGGAAUAUCAGAAUAUCAGGUUUCCAGUAUACCCACAGGAAAAAAUCUCUUUCAGUGUGGAUUGGCACAACUCCAAUUGUCAAAGAUUGCACAUUGUCAAAAUUUGAGUGCAUACACAGAAAUAUAGAUGGAAAACACCCCAUACAGGUGAGAGGGAACUUAGAGAAGCAGCUUGAAAAAAAGAAAAACCUGAAGUGAUGAGUCAUUAAUCCAAAACAUGUACUGCUUUCAAUAUCAGCACAACUUGUAAUGUGAUACUUUCCCAUGUAUUCUGCCAGCUGUCAUUUUCCAGAUCUUGUCAUUCAAACAUAUACCUAAUGCCAUUAAUUUGUUACAGAAUUUUUUAAUUCUUUUUUGAAGCGCAUAUGGAUGUCUUUUUUUUUUUUUUAUACCAUACAUAUCUCAUUCUAAACUCAGAGGUUUCCAUAGUUGUCAUUAAAAAGCACGUAGACAAAAUAUUUUAUGGUAUCUAUAAUAAAUGCAAAGAAAUCAAUACAAACAAAACUUGGCUUAGCAAACUGUACAUACAUAAAUAUGUUGUUUUUCAACUUGACAUU